UUUCCCCGGGACCGCUUGGCCGCGCCGCCCCCAGCCCCCCGCGCGGCUCGGGGGACGCGGGGCCUUCCCGAGCGCGCUGUUACCGGCAGGAAGCCGGGGGAGACGGGGCCCGCAGCGGGAAGCGGCAGAGGGCGGCGGAGCCUGCCCCGCGCGCCCGGGGCGGCAGCGGCAGAGGGCGCGGACGAAGUGAGCUUGGGUCCCACUCGAGCUUGGGCCCCGGACCCGGCCUGGUGGGCCAGGCCCCCGAGCCGGCGUUCCACCGGCCUGAGGCGCGCAGGGCGGACGCAUGGCCUCGCCGUGCCUGCCUGCGGGGCCCCCCCCGGGCGACAGCGGCGGAGAGCUGAGCUCGGGGGACGACUCCGGGGAUGUGGAGUCCUUCCCGAGCCCCGAGCCCGCGGCGUCCCGGAGCCUGGCCGAGCUGUUUGAGAAGGCCGCGGCGCGCCUCCAGGGCCUGGUUCAGGUGGCCAGCCGGGAGCAGCUCCUGUACCUGUACGCCAGGUACAAGCAGGUCAAAGUUGGGAAUUGCAAUACUCCUAAACCAGGCUUCUUUGAUUUUGAAGGAAAGCAAAAAUGGGAAGCCUGGAAAGCCCUUGGUGAUUCAAGCCCCAGCCAGGCAAUGCAGGAGUAUAUCGCAGUGGUUAAGAAAUUGGAUCCAGGCUGGAAUCCUCAGUCACCAGAGAAGAAAGGAAAAGAAGCAAAUACUGGUUUUGGUGGGCCAGUUGUUAGUUCUCUGUAUCAAGAAGAAAUCAUCAGGGAAGAAGACAAAAACAUAUUUGAUUACUGCAGGGAAAACAACAUUGACCAUAUAAGCAAAGUCAUCAAAUCGAAAAAUGUGGAUGUGAAUAUGAAAGAUGAAGAGGGCAGAGCUCUACUCCAUUGGGCAUGUGAUCGAGGACAUAAAGAACUAGUCACAGUCUUGCUACAAUAUAGAGCUGAUAUUAACUGUCAGGACAAUGAAGGUCAAACAGCUCUGCAUUAUGUUACAACCAGUGGGGCAUCCAUAGACCAACAAAAGGAUCCUCUGCACAGCACACCGGAAAGCCUGAGAAAGCCAUACAUCUAUACAUCUGAAGAUGGGUGGACUGGACCUCAUGGAGGCGGUGGAACAAGGGGGACAGCAGCAGUGACUUCUGAGACUGGAGGCUUCAGAAACUGCAGCAGCACUCAUGAUUAGAGGCUCCAGGAACCUCUGCAGCACCCACAACCAGAGGCUCCAGGAACCACAGCAGUGCCUGCAACCAGAGGCUUGAGGAACCACUGCAACGCCCACAACCCAGGUACUCCUCC